AUGUCUGAGGUAGGGAAAGAGCCCAAACCCGCCCCUGUGGGCACAUGUUGUGCCAAACUGUUGCCAGGUGAGGUGCCUUACGGCCCGAGGGAAUAUAUCUACAACCUCCUGCCCCAACCACCCUGCCAACUGAACCCACAGAAGAAACUGCCUCGAAUUCGACGCAAACCGCCGCCCCUGGCGGAUGCCGUGCCUAAAGAACCCAUGAAGACGAUGGGCCCGCCCACGCAUCCCCAUCUGAAGUUCCCCACGCCGCCGAAUAAGUUUCCCUUUCAGAAUAAACACUGGCGAACUCCAUUCAUUGAAAAGAACUGCAUGCAGGAAAAAGUCGCUCUCGCCACUCGGGCCUUCGAGAAACUGAAGGCAGAGCAUCCCACAGGUCGCAUAAAAGACGCCUGCUGCGCGGGUACAAAGCCACCCGUUCCCACAACUCAAGGUCUGGGUGACGAGUACGACGCCAAUGGCAUCCCUGCACGGUGUCUCAAGACCAAACAAGACAUUAAUCGGACGAAUUGGAUCGAACGAAAUGCCAUUCGUGCAAUCACAAGCAAACCGGGAUAUCGCGCGGAACAUCCGGAGCACCGGGUCCAGGUCUACACACGACACGGGGAUAAAAUGUAUCUAGACAGCAAUAAGACCCACUCGGGCCUGGAAAAGCGCUAUGUUUACAAGCCAGCCUAUGGGAAGGUUCCCAAGUAUAUUAAAAUCCGUGCGAAGGCAAUAAAGGAGACAAGAGAACUCUACUCACACUACUUGAACGAGAAGUCACUCCAGGGGACGGAUUAUCUGUUAACGGAGGAGGAACGUAAGGAUCUGCUCUUUGGUCUGAAAGCCGCUUGGGAUCGAUACAACGCCUCCUACCUUCGCCUCUCCUCCAGUAGUACAACUUUAAAAAGCAAAGCCUACAAAGUGUAUCUGGAACAACAACUGGAUAGUCUGGAGAAGGAUAUUCAACUGGUACAGUCACAUCCAUACAUUUUCGUCGAAGCCGACAAGGAGCCGGGUGUUGGAAAUAGGACAACCAGAGAACUGCACGCCUAG